AUGCACCUCCAUGGGCGGCUCGGCUGCGAGCACGCGUACCCCGACGAGCUAAAGGACCUCACGCCGCUCGAGGAGAAGCUCAUCUCGCUCAACUCGUGCUACGGCUUCGUGACGAAGUAUAGCAUCCCCGGCGGCCAGAGGCAGAGCGUGCUCCCGCACCCGCUGGUCCGGGUCAUGGACGAGAUCCACGUCUCGUGGCAGGGCGCUGAGAGGCCCGGGCCGCGGGACCUAUCAGGCCUGCUGUCGGUAAGGCGGUCGGCGGUCGAGAGGGCGCUGGCCUGGCUCAAGGAGAACAACCCGCUCUACGGCGAGGUCGAGAUCGACGCGGCGGAGAUAGCCAGCUGGGGGGCGCCGCCGCACGGGGUGCCGCCGGUGGUGUGCGAGCGGCUGGAGCGAAACGAGCCGUCGGCGCGGGAGAGGACGCAGACGGCGCAGGUGGUGCCGCCGUCGGAGCGGGCCAUGGACGACGGAGGCGCGGCCGAGAUCGAGGAGGUCCUCGCGAUGCUAAGGCAGGGCCAGGACCCCGCCGAGGGGAGCCGCGACGUCGGGCUCACGUGCGAGGACGACGACAGGGACGGCGCUAGGCCCGAAGAGGACGGGGACGUAAUCAAUGAGGUAACGUCUUCCGGCAUGUUCCCGUUAGAUGGGGCGCCAGAUGUGGCCGACGCCGAGAAGAUUCGCUUCGCCCGCGACGCGGUCGGGCCCGAGGAGCGCGCGCCAGCCGAGGACGUGGGUAGGGACGGCGGCCAGAGGGCGGCGGGCGACGGCGGCGACGGCGAGCCGUACAUACAGGUGCGACGCGGCGAGGAUUUCGCCGACUCGGCGGACGCCUCCUUCUUUGCAAAGGCCUUUCCGACCCUGUUCCCUUUGGGCGCCCAGGCGGAGCGGGUUGCAGAGGGCCUUAUGUCGACGCGGAACAUGAAGCUCCAGGCAUGGGCCGACGUCGUGCUGCGGCGUCACGGCGGCCGGUUCGCGACGCACCCUAUCUUCGCCUUCCUUGUCUUUAACAUGGGCGUGCGGUCUAAGAACCGCCAGGCCAGCAUGCUAGGCGUAGCGAGGAAGAACUUCGCAAGGGUCGAGGGCCUACUAAAGUCGUUAACGGCGCAGAGGCUCGAGGCGGCCAGGCCGAGCUCGAGGCCACAGUAUGCGGAAGAAGAUACUAUCCUCAUCGUUAGUAAAGUUACGGCUAGCGGCGCACCGCGGCCGCGACCCGACGAGGCCGAGGCCUUCCUAAGUGACCUAGGGACCGCGUAUAAGCGGACGCGGCUGGCCAUAUCGGACCCGAUGAGCUCGGCCGUCUUCUUCCACCGGGAGAUGACGCUCUUCUUCGAGCACUACGUCAACGUCGGGAGGAGCGCCCUCCACAUCCACGGGCUCCUCUGGCUAAGGGGCAACGCGGGCAUUGGCGACGCGCUCGCCGGCCCGGACGCGGAGGAGCAGGCGGCGUACCGGGAGCGCAUCGUCCGCUACGUAGAUAGCGUCUUCUCUGAGGAGCUAGACGCAGAAGGUUACUGUGCCAUGCAGGCAGAGCGGUCGGCCACGGCGGACAUAUCGUCGCGGCUCGACGACGUCGCGCGCUUCACGGACACCUUCGACGAGGAGGCCAACUUCUGCGCGGGCGCGACGCAGAUCCAUACGCAUAGCGCGACCUGCGCGCCGUGGAGGUUGGUGGAGAGGACGGCGCUGACGGCGGACGGGGUGCUCGAGAUCCGGCGGACGCAUAGCAUGGUGAACCGGUGGAACAGGGCGAUGGCAGUGGGGCUACGACACAACCACGACAUCUCGUUCAUCGCGACGCAGCGCAAGACCAUGGCCCUAAUCUACUAUAUUACUAACUAUGCGACGAAGGUAGAGGACCCGGUGUGGAAGCGUGUGGCCGCCGCGGCCGAGUUCCUUCCUGUGCUAGAGCCGACGGGAGAGGGCAACAGAAGUGGCGCCGACCGCGACGGGAAUAAGACGAGAACGUUCCUGCUUAAGGCGGCGAAUCGAGUCUUUACGGAGCGGCCGCUGUCGCAGGUCGAGGUGAUCGCGCACCUCCUAGGGUACCCGGCGGAGUUUAGCAGCGGCUCAGCGUGGGCGUAUAUAAACGCAAACCAGCUCUACUGGGCCGUCUUCCGCCGGUGGCGGCACCUCCGACGGGCGAGCGGCGCCGAGGCGACGGGCGACGCGCCGGACGAGACGGCGCUUAGGCGGCCGGGUUGCGGGGCGACUGUAUGCGUCGACGGAUACCUCAGCAAGGAGUUCAGCGAGGAAGACGACGAGUCGUGCCACCGGAGGGCGGCGGUGCAGCACCUGGCCCUAUUCGUGCCGUGGGAGUCCUUCCUCGGCGAGGAGGCAGGCGACAUUAACAACAUCUGGGCACGGGCGCGGGAGUCGCUGGCGCCGAGGGUCGCGCGGCUCGCAGACAACGUGCAGCUCCUCCGGCGGUCGGCGGAGGACGCGAAGCGCGACGCCAAGCAGUGGGCCGCCACGGCCGAGGAGGGCGGUAUGACGGCGCCGCAGGCCGACGACGAAGGCAGGGGGGCGGCCGAAGGGGGCGAGGAGGCAUACCGCGCCGGCGGGGCGGGCGACGCGGCCCGGCUCAUCGACGUCGUCCGGAACGCCGCCGGCGCGGGACAAGUCACGGCGCAGUCAACAGAGCUGCUAGCGAUGACGCAGCAGCUCUGCCGGUUCCAGCAGUCGGCGCUCGGGUCGGCGGCCGAGCUCGCGGCGACGGUGGUGGCGGACGAGAGGGCAGGCAGGCGGGUGAACCUACCGGGCUCGGCGCUGUCGGGGGCGGCACUGCCGCGGCAAGAAGAGGUGCGGGCCAUCAAGUCGCAGCAGAGGAGCGCGGCGCGGGAGCGGGAGCGGGCGAUCCAGGGCAUCCAGGGCGGCGGGGCGGCGGCGGGCGUCGGGGCCGACCGCGGCGCGGCCUUCGCGGGGUGA